UUGUAAAAUCGUUGCAUUUACGCGGCUUGGGAAUGUACACUUUCAAUAGUCUCCCAGGCUGCUGAGUAUAUUAAGUUAUCUUUUAUGAUACUUAAAAUUGAUUCCUGAACAAUUAUGGAUUACAAUGAAAAAUAAUAUUUGUAUUAAAAAGAUAAGCCGAAGGCUUCCUGAUUGGUGCUAAAUACGGAAGCUGGUGCUAAUACAGUAUAAGGAAUAAGCAGAGAAUGAGAGCAAACAUUGCAAUUUAAGACGAUUGAAUGACAAAUAACACCAAAAUGAACGCAACCAGAGAAAAGAGCAAACAUAAAUUAGGAUUGGAAAUUUAGAUAUGUGAAGUGGGUUCACCCCCAGGUCGGAGUUCGCCUUCAGAAAGAAUUUUGCUGUGACAAGGGUUAAAGACACGUGUAAAGAAGUUGCAAACCAGAGGGUUGACGUCAGUGCUAUGCCACGGAAUGCAUACAAGGAGGAAAAGAUAAGAGUGGUCCGGUUGCCGGAAGUGGCGUCUUUGAGCUGGUCUCGGGAAUUUUGAUAUAUUGUUGCAGACAAUGGACGAGGAGCAUUUUGCGACUUUGAAGAUUCUCUUAAUCGGGGAGAGCGGAGUGGGCAAAUCGAGCCUUCUGCUAAGGUUCACAGAUGGCAUAUUUGACUCUGAAAUUGGCUCAACUAUUGGGGUUGACUUCAAAGUGAAAACAAUGAGAUUUGAUGGAAACAAUGUAAAGCUUGCAAUAUGGGACACAGCUGGGCAGGAGCGAUUUCGGACAUUAACACCCAGCUAUUACAGAGGUGCUCAAGGUGUUAUUUUAGUGUAUGAUGUCGCAAGAAGGGAGUCCUUUGUAAAGCUUGAGAAUUGGCUGAAUGAAUUGGAUACCUACAGCACAAAACAUGGUAUUGUAAAGAUGUUGGUUGGGAAUAAAAUUGACAAGGUAAAUCAUGAAGUUGACCGGAAUGAAGGACUUCGGUUUGCCAGAAAGCAUUCAAUGCUUUUUAUAGAGACCAGCGCUAAAACCUGCGAUGGAGUUGUGUGUGCUUUUGAGGAAGUGGUAGAAAAAAUAAUCCAAACCCCUGGACUCUGGGAAGCCAAGAAUGUUAAAACUGUGAAGCUUUCAGACUUUGCCUCCAAUCAGGAUGGAGCAUGUGGUGGCUACUGUUCCUUAUUAUAAAAUAAUCUGUAAUGACCCAUGUCUUAAUGCCAUACUGUCAACAGUAUUUUAAGUGUCAAUUCAGCUCUGCCUGUAAGCACAGAAAGCUGCUACCAGCUUGGGUCUGGAACACUAAGGAGACAGUUCGUGCCUUAAUGAAUUCAUUCACGUUUUUGUUAUAAUCUUCAUCUGAGAGACUUUCACAUUGUGUUUCUGGCCACUUAACUUGACUUUCUGGCCUUAAUAUGUAAUUUUAAGUAAUUUUGAGGAUUUCAAGGAUGUAAUUCAUUUUGAUCUAUACACAGUAAAAAAACUUGAUGGCUAUGACAAUUGCCUCAAAGUUGCGGGAAUCAACAUUGUAGGUUCCUGCAAUUUAAUACAUUUCUAUUACGUUUUCUUCCUCAUGAUGCUUCUCUUGGGACCAGAAUAACUGUGUGUAGUGCCAUGUUUGUCUGCUAGCCUGAUGUGAGGGCACUCUAGAUUAUUUGUCCUCCUGACUUUUUCUUGUUGCAUGAUUAGGAGGAAUAGAUUAUGCUUUUGAUAAGUAAGGAAUUUUUGAUUUGAUCAAAUCAUGGUUAGAGGCUUAUCUUGGGACCAUGACAAUUGGAUGUGUCCCUCUGCCCUUCUACUUAAACACUGCAAGGGUACCUCACUCUAAAGUUGUGGUCUUGUGCAAUAAUGAUCUAUGGUGUCACUAAUUAAUGCAGAUUAAUUGUAUAAUCACUUAUUACUAAGGUUAAUAAUUAUCAUAAAAAUACUCUUGUAAGGGCUGUGUUGAUGACUUGGCUUAUUUCAAGUAAUAUUGUGAGCUUCAUUUUGUGCAUGGUCUUACUGAGUUUUACAUUGGUCUAUUUACAGUAUUUUAAUUGAAAGCACAUUCAUAGGUAGAGAGGGUGAAAGCAACAUUAGAUUAAGCUGUAAAUUGCUCCAUAUGAAAACAGAUCUACUGUGAGUGGUUCAUAAUCACUCUGAAAUUCCCAGUACUUUUCAAGACUAGUUUCAUUUGUAUUUUAAACUGUUUGCACAAUUUGUAUAUGAAGUGUAAUCUAUUUAUUAUGUUUUUCCAAAUGAUCUACCACUUGCUGGAUUUGUGAGUUAACAGUAUUUAGAAACUGUGUUCUAAAUUGGGAAAUGUUGAUAGUUCUGUGAAACCUUCCAUUGUAAGUGUGAGCAAUAAUAAAUAGCAAUUUACCUGCUGUUUCAUUUUCAAAUGCUGUUUUUUGGUGUCUUUUAUAAUAUUAAACUGUUUUCUCAAAACUGAAGUAAUAAUGAAUUUUGUUCCUCCUGUCUUUGUCUUUCCUUGUUUGGUGUAAGUGUUGGCUCUUUGUAAAGCAUUGGUAAAGAUCUCCAAGAGCCUGUGAAUAGCCAAUCUUUCAUUCAUUCCAUAAGCUUGGAAUUUGACAUUUGGUGUCUUUUGUUUGGGUCUGCAUGAAAAUAGGAAAGAUAGUUA